GGUCUCCCUUUCCUUUUAUUUACCCAACGUCGGGUUACUCAAUUGGCAAGCAUCGCAGACUUGGAACGAGUCGUGAGGGCAGGGCCAGGCAGUAUGAUGUACCUCCUCCAUCUCUACACAGUCUCCCUCCUCCAGGAGGCAGACGGCGGGGUGGAGGGGGAGGCUGAGUGGACAGAACUUUCCUCUCGUGCAUCUCUCACACUUGGACCCCGCGACGCAGCCCAGCACAGUCAGCGGCUCUACGAACAUCCCCUCGAUCAGCUUCCCGUUGUGCGAGAAACGCAGGCGGCAGAAGCUCUCGAUGAGCAUGCGAUGGCCCUUAGAAGUGUUGCUGCAAGAGGGAGGGCAAGGAAGAAGAGGACGGCAGACCUCCUGUUCCCCGCCAUGGUGCUCGAUGACGCCCAGGUCCAGCUCGAUCCCAACAACGUCCCCCUUGUUCAGCGCCUUUGCCUUGGUGCUGGAGAACGGGCAAAUGAUGACGUCACCAUUGUAGAGAGCCCCGCCGAGAGGAGCUCCGUUGCGGUUGAUGGCUCGAGACCCGUCGAAGAACCAGCAGCGGUUGUAGAAGAUAGAAUUCCUCCAGCUGCGGUCAAGCGUGAGGGGUAGGUUGGUCGGGGAUGCGGCCGAGCCUGUCCUGCAGCUGGGGCAAACGAAGAUCUUCCUGCCCACCUUGGCCGCGCACUUCCUGCAGAGUACGUGGUGGGAGCAGGGGAAGAUAGUGUGGGAGAUGGGAAGGGAGAAGCAAACUCUGCAAAGGUUGUCGUC